UAUCAUUCAUUAUAUGUACGUCCUAAGUUUCAAUUGUUUAACUGAUAAGUACUAUCAUUUGCCUGCACUACAAUCCCUUCAACUUGCCUCAAUAGGCAGCUCAUUCGAUUUUACCGCUCUUUUUCUCAAGCUCAACGGCCACAACUGCUAUCAGACAACACGAACGGAGCAAAAAAUACAAUUGUGCAAACUGCAUAACACAAGACACCUCGACAAGCGCCUCGCAAAAUGACUCUCACCGUCAUAUCCAUCGAAUCCAUCAAUCGGGCGCAAUUGCAGCUCUCCAAAAGUGAGUGAGUAUACGAUCGCCACUACUAUAGUAAUGCCUCUUGAGACCCAAUCGAGAGUAGAGACCCCAAAUCCUUCAGGCUCUGAGCAAGAGAGGCUCGGCUCGGCUCAAGUUACUAACCUCGUCGUUUGUGAAUGGACCCAAGCUGGCAGAAAAAAGCUCCCCCAUCCGAAUGGUUUGCGCAGCGCAGCUAUAGCUACUCUCCCACGAGCCGCGACUUCAUGGGUAGUAUAGCAUGCACUCGAAGGGAAAGACGGCGGCAGCAGCACGGCGUUGUCUCGAUGUUCGGAGAGUCCACGCGACGACGACGACGACGACGGAAGGCAAAUUCGAAAAGAGAAAGACUUUUUAGCAUUACAGCAUUGAACGGGGCCGUCAGUUCUGGUGGGAACUUUGCUACGAGCGGUAACACGAAAAAAGUCGUCCAAGCCGGGCCUUCGGCGUUUGGGUUUUUGAACAGUCUGAACUGCGCGUUGAUCAUCGUUGAACAGAGCAGGGUUUGUCGUUUUUUUUUGCUGCUGCUGAUUUUUCGCACAAUCAAGGGAACAUUUUCCUCGGAGCAUCAACCGACAGCAACGUGUGUGUCGGUGGGUUCGGUAGCAUCGGCGAAGGUGGAAUUUCGCAAAACCUCGCGUGAAUUGGUGAUGCCUUUUGAUAGGCAGAUGAAGGAAAGCGUGAAAUUGCCCGAUCGUGUUUGAAGUAACUGGUGAUAAAAGGUGAAUUAAGCGAAAGGCAAUAAAAACGUGACAAGUGAUUUUUGUUUGUGGUGAGGAAAUUUGACAGAUCAGCCGAAGUGCAUCCCGGAUGUAAUAUUGAAUGGAAGAUAUGCUUUUAGUGAAGUGAAACCUUGCAAGAUCUACAAGGAUACGAAAACCUUCCAAGUGCUGAGGCUUUUAAGUCCAAGUGCGUCGUACAUACUUCAAAGCAAAUCUAAUCAGUUACAACUCGAUUCAGUGUAAAGUGCAUACAGCUACCAACCAUCAUGAGACGGUUGAUCCUGUUCGUGGGUGUUCUGGUGACAGGUGUGCUGUCGCAAGGAUUCCUGCAGCCGCCUCCUUUUAGACCGUCAUCCAAAAUUCAACGGCGUCAGCUAUCACAACAGCAGCAAUCACACAUCCUUAGCGAUAUCCAGCAACACCAACACCGCUUCAAUCUUCAUCAAAGUCAACGACCAUCGAAUGUCGUCAUUCAACCAUCAAUUCAGCUGCCAAUUUCUCAGCAACCCAUCAACCAGCGGCCAUUUUCCAACAACAACCCUUUCCAACCUAACACGCCAACAUUCAACAAUAAACAGUUACCACCACAAGCACCACCCGCCAAUUUCAGACCACUACAAUCAGGCAGACAGCCACAUAGCAGCUUCGGAGCACAAGUAAAUCGAUUUUAUCUCCAACACCAUACACAAACCGCUUUCAUUCCAAAUUUUUUACGAAUCUUACAGCAAGACACACGACUUCCACCCCCACUGUCACCACAACCACCAUCAACACAACAGCAAAGACCCGUCCAGAACACGCUUCAACAACCUCAACCGCAGUUCUUCAACGGACCAAAGCACAAUAACCAGCCAUUCGUGAAUGGCGCAUUCCCCACCGAUAACGCCUUCAAUGCUCAACGCAUUCCUGACACACGACCCCUGAGUUCAUCUGUCCAAGGACCGUUCCUUCAGCCACCUGCCUUCCAAACACCACAAUCUUCCAAUACCCAAAUCCGCUUCCCAUCCAACUCCCAACUUCCUCAAGCUCAAGCACUGUUCCAAGCGUCAGCCCAACCACAAUUCCCGCCAGUCCCACAGGCUACUUUCGGACAGCCGAUCGUGCAACAACCCUUCGAUACAAAUCACCUUCGCUCCGAAGUUGUCCCACUUGCCCAACAACCUCUACAGACAUCCAACUUCAACCCAUUCGCUGCUCAGCAACCACAACAACAGUUCAAUAGCUUCCCACCCGUACAAAAUGUCCCAGUCUUUGUUCCCACUCAAAAUCUGAACUCCCAGCCAGGAGUAUUCCCACAAAUCCAGCCGGCUCCAGCCCAGUUGAACCAUCCUCAGCAGACAUUCCCAACCCCCGGCCAAGCUCCACUGAACUUCCAACAGCAGCAAGAACUAGAAAAACGACUCAACGAGGAAAGCAUUCGCAUUCGUGAACUUCAAGAAAAACAAAGAGUUAUUCAGAAACAUGAACAGUUCCUACAGAAACAAUACCAGAAACAACAAGCUAAGGUUCAACAGUUGCACCAAGAUUUCCUCAAGAAGCAACAGAAGAUUAUCCAACAGCAACAGCAAGAGUACGACACCAUCAGAAAGACUCCCACAACAUCCAACACUCAAGCACUGCCAUCUGAGCGAACAGUAUACGAAAAGGCCACCAAAGUCUACCAAAAGCCAAGUGCAUCAACCUCGGUGACGAACCCAAUCUCAACGACCACCGAAAACGUUCUCUCCGUAAUCCCGAUCAAGUCUAACAGCAAAAAAGACUACACAACGAUCAGCAAAACUGGUCUAGAUGUCCUUCUGCAGUCCAACCGUCAGAACCUUUUCGAAGCGAUCAAAUCAGAAACCUCCAAGCCAACUAAAGCCCGACCAACCAAAGUCAAGUCCACCAAGGCUCUUGGACGUGAUGAGCUUCUGAAACAGCUGAGACUUGCUCUAGCCGAACAGGGACCGCAAGACUUGGGCAACAAGAACUACAGCGCCACUGAUCUGGUACUUCCAAAUGGCGAAAAAGUUCAAGUCAUUCGCACAACCGACCCAGAGAUCAUCAAGCGAGCCAACGUAAACUCAGAAGCAGUCCUGACUCAGCAACUUGACUCUCCAACUACCGCCAAGCCUUUGUCGUUUGAAGAAAUUGCCAAGAGUGGACUGCUUCCUCCAGGAGCUGAUUUUGAACUAAUCAAGCAGUCUGAAGAUGGACGUAUUGAAGAUAUUGCUAAAAUCCCACCUCAAAAAAAGGUCACAUUCGUAUACCUGGAAGAACAAGAUGAUGGAUCGUACAAGGUUCAAGGAGUCAAAGGAAGUAGCGACAAGGAAACUAAGACAUCUGGUGCCGACGUUGAUAAUAUUUUGAAAAGAAUAAAAAAUGGUGAGAUUCAGCUGCCCCCUCCAUCGAACAAGGCUGUUAAAACUCCGAUAGUUGUAGAAGGACCAUCUAGCACCACAACGCCACGUAUCGUGCCUGUUCAGAAGGCCAACUCAGUUACCAUCAUUCCACAUAGUACACCUCUAGAAAACCACCACCAUUCAACGAAUUUCGUGGCAGACCACACAAUUCCACGAACUGCCUCCUCCCCCGCCUCAACUACAUACGUCUCGACCGCGGCGCCGUCUAGUCCAAGCCCAGUAUCAGCUUACUCGCCAAGCACCUACUCCGGAAGUACAAUUCCCCAAUCGUCAACCAUUUACUCCACCCAAUCCCCUAUUACCAACUAUUUCCAAAACGAUAACUCCAUUCUCUACAACGGAGUAAGCUCCACGUACGCCACAACGGCAUCCCCGCCAACUCCAAUCACCCCGGUUCCUAGCACAACCAACGUCCCCCAUUUCUCGACCCGUCCGGAGAACUACAUCUCAUCCUCCACCAUAGCUCAGCACACCGCCAGUUCCAACAUCUACCAGCAGCAAGCCACCGGAAAGUUCGACGUAGUGCAUCCAACCGUCCCCGCUCCCAUCAGUACAGCGACCGCGCAAAACUUCUACAGCCAGCAACCGUCGGAACAUUCGCUACCCCUGAUCCAGCAGCAAACGCCCCCGCAGCCCACGCCGCAACCACAGCAACCGUCCACAGCUUCCGCGACGGCAAACCCAGCGACUUCCCCCGCCUCGGCUAACCCCAACGAAUUGCCAGCCAUUCUCAAGAAAAACGGACUAUUUGCCAUGGCCAAAUACCUCCGCCAGUCUGGCCUGGACACGAUACUGAACGAAACCGGCCCGUACACGAUCUUCGUGCCGACCGACAAAGCCUUCCGCAGUCUCCUAGUGCAGCUGGGAGGACCGGAGAAGGCCGAAGAGAAGUUCAAGAACAACCCGCGGCUGCUGAGUGGGCUUUUGCUGCAUCACGUUAUUCCAGGAUCGUUCGACAUUGGAUCGCUUCAGGAUGAGAUGACCGGUGUGUCAUUAGCUGGAACGCAGCUGCGAGUGAAUCAGUACAACAUGCACGACUCCGAGUGGAAUGAUGUUAAGGUAACAACAAUCAACGGUGCCAUGGUCGUCCUGGACAAACAGGACAUUGUGAUUCCCCAGGGCGUUGCCCAUGCCGUGGACCGAGUGAUGUUCCCUCUGCCGGUCGGUGACAUUUUGCAAACCCUUCAGUCGGACAGAGAACGACGGUUCACGCACUUCCUGCGAGCACUGUACGCAUCGGGAAUGUCCGAUACACUACAGAACAAAGGUAUCAAAACGUAUACAGUAUUCGCCCCGACCGAUGCGGCCUUUGCCAACUUCUCGACGGAUGAGCUGAACAAACUAGUCACCGACAAGGAACAGGCAGAGGAGCUAGUCAAGAAGCACGUCGUUCCCGGAACGCUCUUCACCGCCGGAAUGAGGUUCUACCAAGUUAAGGAUGCCAUGGCCGAGGGAAAAACGGUCACGUUACAAAAGAGUGGAGGAAAAAUCAAGAUCAACGACGGAUACCUGCAGACAUCGAACAUCCCAACGACGAACGGAGUGAUUCACGCCGUCGAUUCGUUGCUGUAGGACCGGCUAUCAGAUCCGAAAAAAUUCCCAAAACUCCUUUUGAAUCAAGAGAAGGAAAAUGCCAUCUCCACCAGUUCUGGAACGCAAUGGAGGGAGACCCCUAACAAAACGUGAACACUUGAAUUUCCACAUGCGUAGGUGAAAAUUACCAGUGAAUUAGGGCGAUAUUUGAAAUGAAGAAAACAAAAAAAACUACAUUAUUUCAUGACUACACAAACACAGAAUCAUUCCAUUUUGUUUCGAAUUACUAUUUAUUGAACGCGAAUCAAAUUCGAAUAACCCUCGGCAAGCACAUUUCACAGAAUACAAACUAAUGGUGAGAACCUGACGAGAGCUGAAUUUCUUCCAUAAGAUUCAGGUUGCGUACCGUUGCGGCUUACCAAGAUAUUGGACAGUAGUAGAAGUUAACAGUUUUCGAUCAAGGAGAACUACAAUAGUUGUACCAUCAGUUGUAGUAAAACUUGUUGAAUAAUUCCUUGUUGAAGCAGUGAAACAAACCGUUGACCACACCAUACCCGUAAGUGAAAAUGUUAAUUUAUUGUUAAGAGUAGUUGUUAGAUGCUAAGCAAUUCAGUUAAGGUCAAACUUGUACAUAUCGUUCUCUACAGUAGGAAGUAAUAAAUACAAACGUAAAUAAUA